AUGGCCGGCUGCGUCACCCCCGGCGGCAUCCGCCGCAUCCGCGACACGACCGACGGCGCCCUCGGCGACGUCUCGCUCCAGGUGCGCGCGCGUUUCCGGCGUCGGCGUCUCGCACGGGAAAUUUCGAAAUGCGCGCACACGUCGUCUCUCGCCCGCAGGCAUCAUCGGACGCGAGCGAAAAAGCGCGAGCGUCGCGCGCCGGCGACGACGCUCGAUACCCCGCGCGCGACGUCCCUCCUCCUCCCCUCCCGCGCUUAUCUCACGCUCGACGCCUUCCUCCUCCCUUCUCAGGUCCUCAACCUCAAGGCGGCCGACAAGUCCGCGCACUUCAGGCGCGUUUCCCGGCGCGCGCGAUGCGAACGACCUCGGAUUACUCACCGUCCGCGCGUAGGCACACUGCAGCGCGUUUUCAAACUUCCCGAACGCACGAAUGAAGCCUGA